CUCGUAGCGUGGAAGGGUGAAUAUAGCGCAACGAAACAGCAAGAUAAUUUGUGUUUUAAAAUGAAAUAAAAUAAGUUAUUUAACACACCCAACAGCACACCUAACAACAAACAAGACAAUGCACAUUACAACUCACAACAACAACACGAGAGACCAAGAAAUAUUAUAUGAAAGAUAAACAAGAAGAAUGAUUAAGGAAAAAUGAUAAUAAAGCAUGGGGACAAUAUUCUGGUGUGCCUCACAGGUUUAAGAAAUCCCUAAAUCCUUGACAUGGAAAGUUAUAAGAACCUGCGGUACUAUGAACGCUAAGGUGAUUUCAAAGAAGAGUUCAGGUGUAAGAACUCUCUGAACGCUAUUAUUUCUGAUGUGGAAAGUAAUCUGGGAGGAGUGUGAUCUGUGACACCACGACCGUCAACACUCCUCUGUACGCCUGAUAUACAUCCAUUGGUGUUGGCGUCUGGUAAGCGUUGACCAGACGGCAGGAGAACCUCGGGAGUAACACGACAGAGACGCCGUCAAUUGCCGGCACCAUGAGAGAGGUGUGGGCGUGUAUGUGGGUGUCCCUGUGGGCGGCGGCGGCGGCGGUGGAGUGGGCGGACGUGGGUGUUCUGUUGUCCGGCGUCAACACGAUUUCAUCCAAUGAUGUCGAUCACCCUCACCUGAACGUCACCAGCGCAGAGCAGCGGUGGUGGCACGACGGGUCGGUGGUACCCAGGCAAGAAGUCGCGACGAAGGAUAUAAGCAAUUUGAAGGCCCAGAUGAGGAUCAAGCGGCGGCCAUAUUUACGACGAGAUCCUAUUGAAAUGGCUGGACUCCUCGAGGGCGACAUCCUGCCUGCCCCGACUCAUACUAACUCCCCCAACAUGAAGGAGGCCCAGGAGAAGAACGCGGUGGUGGAUACGGGACGACUCUGGCCAGGGGGUGUUGUGCCCUAUCAGUUCUCCCCUGAGUUUACGUUGCUGCCCCUGGAGAGGUACCUCAUACGUCAUGUCAUGGCUGACAUCAGUGCCAGCUCCUGUGCCACCUUCCGAGAGAGGACCUCAGAGCCAGACUUCAUCAAGAUCAUCUUUGACCAACAGAGGUGUUACAGUCACAUUGGGCGUAUGGGCGGGGUACAACCGGUGUCGCUUGGGAUCUUUUGCGUCAACUGGUGGGACCUGAGCACCGUCUACCACGAGCUGUUUCACACCCUGGGCUUCUACCACGAACACAACCGUCCAGACCGCGACAGCUUCAUUGAGAUCAAGUGGAAUAACAUCGCUGAAGGCCGAAUCCAGAAUUUCAUCAAGAGAACUCAGUCCUCAUCUGAACUUACAGACAUGCCCUAUGAUCUCACGUCUGUGAUGCACUACAGCCCAUACGCCUUCGGCAAGUGGUCCUUUCUCACUCCUACCAUCAAGUCGAGGCGGCGAGGCUACGGCUUCCACAGACCCAGGAAGCCAUCAAAGAUUGACUAUAGGAAGCUGAAUCGUCUCUACAGUUGCCAGCGUCGACACUUGUUCUCCCGACUAGGUAACACCGAAUACACCCCAUCGAGGCUUUACUGGUAUCCCUGGAGAUUAGAGAGAUUAACGAUAAGCGGACCUGGCUCCACACGCACCCCCCUCAACAUCAGCCCCUCCAUACCUUGAACCUCACCAGGGUCAGCUCAGUCACUCACCUCCACAGAACCCCUACGUGUGCCGGCCACCACGUUUAAUCACAAGCUUAGGGGAUCACACUCAUUGACAGACUCAAGAUUACAGGAAUAUCAACUUGCACAGCAUUUUUCAGCUGCUAAAACUGUUACACCACGAUUUCGUUCACCACAAAGACCUGCCAGGUCACAAGGCUGGCAAAAUAUCCAACAAAGUCGUCUUUUUUCCACUACUGGCAGUGUUGGUGUCUUUAGAGCACAAACUACCUCAACUUGGAGACCUACACGACCAGGUGGACCCUCAAGACCUCCUUCCCAUCCAAAUCCAUUACACACAGAUGUUCUUUAUCCAGUCCAGAGAUCCAGCUGGGAGCCAUCUUCAACAUAAUCUACAUAUAAAUAAUCCUUACAAUCAACUUCUGUAAUUUACACUUGCUGAAGCACUGAUGGUGAGGGCAGAGAAUAUUAAGGAUGGAUUUCCUUCCAGUGAAUUAAUUCCUUGCUCUAAUGAGAUGUUUAAGUCGUACGUGUAACUGGGCUAUGAACUACGGUGUUGAUGCUAUUCGUGCUACUGUAUAGUUUUUUGUUACAAUUGUGUAUUGUAAAUCAUGUAGUAUAUACCCAGACUAUAAUGUACAUAACACACUGCCAACCAUUGUCGAUUAAUAAAGUGUAUAUAUUUAAAUACAGACGAGUUUAGUCCAGGUUUGUCCAACCAGCAGUUUGUAUUAAGCCCCCUUCAUAAAUAAAGUGUAUAUAUAAUAAUGUUUUUGUUAUUUCUACGUUGUCAAUAAUUUGUAAUGGUUCACACUCCAUUAUUGUUUUUAAGAUCAACCAACCAGGAUUCAAAUUCAGUAACCGUAAAUGGACAGACUAGUGUUGUAGCAGAAUACGAGUUACAUAGGUCAUGAGGUGGUGUCAGAGCUCAUUAAUAGAGACACUAAUUUACACACAUGUAGGUUUGGUUAUCUGAAGUUAAUUACGCUCUUUGUUAGAUUUUAAUGACUAUUUUGUUCAAUAUACAAUUUUCUUUCACUUUGUGUCACGUCUAUCAUUAUUAGCACAGUAUUGUCGUGUGGCCCAAAUACUGUACUGUUAAAUAUAAAGUUUGGCACCCCUGGUACAGUCAAUGUCUGUGCCCUUCAUGAUCAUACUCCUCUUAUCUACCAGAGUCCUUUCACUAUGAGGACACCACUUUUUAAUAUUUUAUUUAGUUAACGCAAUACGAUUUUAUUCAGUUCAGAGCGGACCCUGUACACAAGGGGUAAGACUUAUUUCCU